CCCCGCCCCGGGCGGGUCCCGCCUGUCCCGGAGCGCAGAGCCGCCGCACGCAGGUGUUGGACCAGGAUUUGUUCUGUGGCACCGGAGCUGUCAGCUCUGCUGGGCAGGAAAAAUGUCAGACGGUUUCUCUUUAUCUGAUGCCUUGGCCAACAGCAACAACCCGGCCCCCUGUGCCCCCCCAGGCCAGGGCUGGCCCUCCUGGGGGAACCAACCAGCAGCUCCUGGAGCAUUCCCAGGAUAUCCUGGAGCACCAGGAGCUUAUCCUGGAGCACCUGGAGCCUACCCUGGAGCACCUGGAGCCUACCCUGGAGCACCUGGAGCCUACCCUGGAGCACCUGGAGCCUACCCUGGAGCACCUGGAGCUUAUCCUGGAGCACCUGGAGCUUAUCCUGGAGCACCUGGAGCUUAUCCUGGAGGACCAGCAGGACCAGGAGCCUACCCUGGAGCACCUGGAGCAUAUCCAGGAGCACCUGGAGCAUUCCCUGGAGCGCCAGCAGCAACGGGGCCAUCUCCUGCCCCAGGACAACCAUCCAGUGGCCCUGGGUUUGGGCCUUCUGCUCCUCAGGGAGGACCAACAGCUCCACAGGGAGGAUCAGCUCCUCCCCAGGGAGGACCAACUCCUCCCAUGAAAGUCCCCUUUGAGCUGCCCCUGCAGACAGGACUCGUCCCUCGGCUGCUCAUCACCAUCACUGGGACUGUGAACCCCAACCCCAACAGGUUUUCACUGGAUUUCAAGCGAGGGAACGACGUUGCCUUCCACUUCAACCCCCGCUUCAAUGAAGACCACAAGAAAGUCAUUGUCUGCAAUUCCAUGUUCCAAAAUAACUGGGGGAAGGAGGAGAGGACAGCUCCCAGGUUUCCAUUUGAAGCUGGAAAACCCUUCAAGCUCCAGAUCCUUUGUGAGACAGAUCACUUCAAGGUGGCUGUGAAUGAUGCUCACCUGCUGCAGUACAACUUCCGUGAGAAGAGGCUGAACGAGGUCACCAAGCUCUGCAUCGGGGGGGACAUCGCCCUCACCAGCGUCGUGCCCACCAUGAUAUAACAGGGAAACUCUGGGCAAACUCUGUGCUCUUUUAUGGUGUAACACAAGUUCCUUCUCACCAGAUCACUGAGAGGUAAUAAAACAUUUAACCUGGAAAA